ACGAAACUACUUUCAGUUUCCGACUGGGCUCUGCGAUUGAGAGAUGAACAACACCAGCUGUUUUCCCUCAGCUGACGAGCCGCCAGACGUGACCGACUUGCGCAAUGUGACUUACGCCAUCAUCAUGCCAGUGAUUCUCGCCUUGGGCUUCCUGUUCAACACUUUCUCUCUCUGCGUCGCUGGCCAAUCGGCGCUCAAUUCCGUCGCUCUCUCUUAUCUCAUCGCCUUGAUUUCAUCCAAUCUGUCCCUGAUGAUAUUAGCCGUUCCCUGGCUGAUCCAUCGAUCCUCCGAACCCAGUGAAUGUUACUCCCAUUCUAACGCCUUUUAUCACGCCUACAUCGAACCCGUGCUUCUCAACUGGAUGGCCACAUUCUCCACGUACAUACUGCUGUGCAUGAGCAUCGAACGUUUCCUAUCCGUCACUCAUCCGGCUCUCUUCCGCCGGAUUCACUUGCUGCCCAGAGCCAGGGCCGCUCUCCUCGUUUUUCUCUGUUUGUCCUUUGCCAUUCACGUGCCCAUGUACCUGAAACAGAUUGUCAUUUGCCCAGAAUGUUGGACUCUAACGAUCAACAUCGAUACGAUCACUUCGUCGUCGUGGACGGCCUACAUUUGCAUCUCACAGAUAAUGGCCAGAUUCAUCCCCUGCGCUGCUCUAAUCAUCUUGAACAUCUCGACGAUAUUCAAGUACCGCCGCAUCAUCAACAAGCGGAGUCGCAUGACCUCCGAGGCCGUUUCCAUGUCUCAAAUCAACACGCCCAACUGUUCGCUGACCAAUUUAUCGUCCGUUUUCAAAAAGAAAACUCUGCCCAGCUCGUCCAGUCAAGAAGAGAAGCGUCAGCUCAAAAUACUGAGCGGCCUGGUCUGCCUGGUCGCCGUGUGCAUCGUUCCGGCCGGAGUGGCGGCCCUGCUGCCGUACGACGCCGACGACGGCGGAUGUUACCGCUACUACACGCUGGGCGUUGUGGUGGAAGCGCUGGAGCUGUUCCACCACUCUGUGGUUUCAUUUGUGAUUUGUUUGUGCAACAACGACAUCCAUCGACGAGUCAGGAAAAUGAUAACAUGUAAUUCUUCUUCUUUGACAUCAAUCUGAUCGAUUACAAAACGAUGGGUUUUUUUAUCUAUAAAAUGAUAUAACACGCUGACGUCGAGCGACUCUCCAUUUUGUGCUUGUAAAUUUGUUGAGUAAUUACAAAGGCAACGCGAAUUUAAGACCGGCCGGCGAAGUUGGUCCUCUUGGGUGGUGGAGCGGCAACCUCGUCCAACACAUCGGGCUCCAACAAAUCACCUUCGCUGGUCUUGUACCAGUCAACGCUGUUUUUGU